AAGAGGUCUGUUCUUUAUAGCUGAACUGGCUAGUUCAGAGUGACACUAGUUCAGAGUUUAUUUUUUCCCCUUCAUAUUGGAAGGAGACUGCAAGGAACUGGCUGCACUAGUUCAGCUAUAAAGAACAGACCUAAGGCCUCUCUACUUCAUUUGGACAAGGGUCUGACGUCAUCAACAGACUAUUUAUCUUUCAGUUUCUAAACUUUACAUUGAGUUUCACGAUAAUAACGCGAAUUUUUCAAUAGUUUGGAGUGUUGUGACUAAAAUUUUUUGUUGUGGAUAGUUGAUGAAUGCCUGUAAUUCCCAGGUAUUAUUAAGUUGUUUUAUAGCAAUGCCUUUCAAAUGUUGUGUGCCAAAUUGUAAUGGCAACUACAAAAAUGGGCCAAAGGUCGCAAUGUUUUCUUUUCCGAAAAAUGAGGAAAUAAAAAGGAAAUGGUUGCGUGCUAUUUGUAGACAGAAUUUUUGUCCUACAAAUAGUUCAAAAGUAUGCGAGUUACAUUUUCAUUCUCACGAAAUUAAACGGAAAACGAGCCAUUAUGACAAAGCUAAUGGGAAAUUGUUGACUGCUCCAUUGCGAUACCCACAUUUAAUUAAAGACGCUGUUCCAAGUCAGUUGCCAAACUGUCCUCAAUACUUAACAAAAAGUGAAGUACUUCAUCGAGAAGGCCCAGAAAAAAAACGUUUAAAGAUGCAGUAUGCGAUGAUCGAGCAAGCCAUUGCAAGCAGCAUAGAAUCGAGAAAGGAGUUUCAUGAGAAAAACGGAUUUUCUACGCUAGAAGAGCUGUAUGCGAAAUUGAAGGAUUGCAUUGAUAUACAGAAGUGGAUAAUUUCGCACAAAGACAGAACUAUUUAUUUGUUUUAUGUAGAAGAUACAUUGUAUCCAAACGUUAAGUGUUGUGCGCGAGUGUCGGAGAAUUUCACCGUCACUUUAUUUUAUGGAUCAAGGGAAGUUAAAUAUUUGAAUGAGAAGAAACUCAAAUUUCCAUUGGUAGUAAGCAAUGUCAUAGAAAUUGAAGAUAUUCUCGGCCAAGCCUUAACAUCUUUGGAAGAAAAAUAUCAAGACUGUUCGGUGAAGGAGAAUUUAAAUACCUGUAUCAAUAUUUUAAAUUCAUUGUCGACAACAUUAUCUGAACGAAAGCCGGUUAUAGACUUUUUAUUGCAACAAAUUAAAUUAUUGGAUAUUUCGAAUAAAAAUGAAGCUAAAAUUGUUCUGCAUGCUUUCCUAUCUGGAUAGAAAACUUUAUAUUAAUUUAUAACAUUUUCUAAAAACAUGCAUUGACAUUUUAAAUUGAUUUUCGAUUAGAAAAUAUACUCGUAUUAUUAAGAAAUGCCUUAUUGAUGAAGACCUUAACAAUAUCGAAGACAAUACUUGGCCACUUCUCGUAUACUUAUGUAGCAGGAUACGCUUCAUAUUCAGCGAUAAAAAAAUUCAAAUGCAAAUACUGCAAAGUUUUUCAAAUUGGAGACAAGAUAAUAAAUUUUUCUACUUUAAUAGCAGCAAACAAUCAAGGAGGUUUAUGUUAUCCCAACGAAGAUAUUACGUGUGCAGCAUAUACUUUCCUAAUUGUGCAAAAAUUACUUGAAAAUGAACACGAUUUUCUCAUACAAAAAAACGUCAAAUUUUAAAGACUCUAGCAUUCGAAAUUAUACGUGACUUACUUUUUUCAGGAUACUGUUGUUCAAAGCAUUCAAUUCAAAUGUUAAUUACAAAAAUUACACAUAUAUUCUCUAACAUCCUAUUAAAUAAUUACAUAAAAAGACAAAAUAAUGUCAUAAAAACAAAAAUAAUGCCAGACUGCAAAAGAAUUAAACCAAAAAGGACGUAAACCAAAGCUGUUUUACCAAAUUAUUAUUAUUUUUUUUUUUUGCUUUAACCAGUUGAGUGGUAGACUUUUCCGAAAGAUUUGUGUCAAAAGUGGUAAGAGCCAAAAGUUAAAAUAUCGAAAAACAGUGAAACAUGGUCAAGUUUUCGAAAAGCAACUUUUUAGAAUGGGUGUAAAAUCCUCCCCCCCCCCCUGGGGGGGGGGGGGCAGAAUAGGGGUGGAAAAAUGUUAAAUGGCACUAUGGGUCGAGUGGGGAUCAUUUGAAAGGGCGUUUCAAGACAAGAACAAUGAUUUUUGAAAAUGUUUACUACGUCUUUCUAGUAAAAAAUGGAGGUGGAUCAAAAAAGGGGGGUGGACUUCCGAAAAGCUAUCACCUCCGAUUUGGCUUAUAUUCAGCCUAAAUACUUAUUUUAUCUAGUAAAUAAUAUUCCCAAAUGGAUUUUUGGCGCAAGUGUCCCCUCCGCCCCCCAGCCCCCCUUAAAGG